CAUUAAUCCUUUUUGGUUUUCGUAUCCGGAAAACUGUGAUCAAGAUCAGGAUGCUCAUGUUACUCAAAUAAUACCAUAUAUCUACAAGUACGUAUUAUAGAUUAACUUCUUAUAAAAAGGAAGUACAUUUCAAGUAAUGAUUUAUCCUUUCCUACUCUCUAAAGUAUUCAAAACAAAUACUUGUACCCUUCGUCGUGUGUUACUGAAUAGGAGAAAUGCUUAAACCAUUUAAGAUAAUCAUACCACCUACAAAGCCGGAAUUUAAUAUAUUUUACCUUGAAUAGACCAUCAAACAUUCGCUUUUGGUUGAGCAGACAAUUGAAGAGUACACUCCUGUCUUAACGAAGAAACGAGCAUUUUACAAGCGUCCCAACACGUUCUUCUAGUAAGUGGCGAAGAAACAUGUAUGAUCAAAAUAUCAAAUAAAGAGAAAGAUUGAGUUGUUUAAACCAUAUAACGUCUCAAGACAGUUCAUUGAAUCAGAAGGCAUUGAAAGACCAAGUUGAAAAAGAUUUGAUGUUCCCAAUCAAAGCCGAUUUCAAACAAAAGAAAUUAAUAAACUACUGGGAUUUAUGAAUCAGGCCACAACCGUUUAGACUAUAUUAACUAGCAAAUAAAUAUUUUGUUUAUUUUACUCUUUCAAAGCUACUUUAUUUCGCAUGAGUUUUUGAGUCAGUUGCAUGAACUACGCAUUUAAUUAUCUCUCACCUGAUGGCGACUAUUGCGAAAGCACUUGAAUGGGCGCCUUAGCACUUAAAAUAUUACCUCAACGGAAACGUACUCAAAUAUGCAGAAAUGGUGAGUUCAUGCCUUACGAAGGAAUUUCUUGCAAAAACGUAUGUGCAAUGUAACGCAACAUAAACACUUCGCUUUGCCACCCUUGCGAAAAUAUAUUUAUUUUUGGCUGCCAAAAGCAAUAAUCAAUAAAUAUGUAUUAAAUACAAAUAAUCCAAAAUUUUUAAAAAAUAUUUACUUCCGCGCUAUGCAGUAGCGGGAAGGGCGUUGAUAAAUAACACAUGUGAUUGACAAUGCAUUCUUCCUACAAAGCAAACGUGUUCUAUCACUGUAAGCGUUAGAAUUUUUUCUCAUACAUACAUGUGUACAUAUGUACCUUACACAUACCUCCAACCAAUUACACAUUCCUACAUAUUUGAAUAAAAAUAAUAUUGUGUAAUUGCUGAAUGCAUCACUCAAGAUAUGCAGUCCGUUUGCAUAUAUUUAUUGUAAUUGUUGUUAUUGUCAUUAUAGUAUUGGUGCCGUUGGAGGUGAGUGCUUUGUAAAUAGUUUUGACGAUACUUCAACCUUUCAAUCAACGAAUUGUUUACAAUUCCACCCUCGCAACAUGACGCCAAAUCUAAUUUUCAUUGAAAUGAUACUCAAAAUGAAAUUAGCGGGGCAUAAAUAUUGGAAUUUUUUGAAAAUUUUCUGAAUAAUGGGUGGAAAAAAACAUUUUAUUUAUUAUCACCUGCUGCUGCAUAUCACGCAACGUACUUGAGUUAUAAUGAGUGUACGGGCUCCUGAUUAAGAGUGAGUAACCAUAAGGUAUGAAUGUCAAAUUCUGGAGGACGGAUUCCAUUAGUGUUGGAGCGAAAUUUUGAAAUAUCGGUAUUCAAACUGUUUAUAUGAAAACUACGAGUCAAAGUAAGAAGAAAUGAGAACUGGGAUGAGGCAUGAGGAACAAAAGGAACAUCGAAAUCCAUUAGUCAAUGCCUUGCUACAAUCUUGUAAUCGAACCCCCUUGAAUAGAAGGGAUCUACCAGCUUUCAAAUGAGCAACAUAUUAGCAAAAAGGUUCAACCACAGCCUUGAGCUUGUUUAUUUUUUAUUUGAUUUCAGAUUUUAUUACUUGUUGUUAGGCUUUAAACGAGCAGGUUCAAUUAAUAAAAAAAUGUGGAUACUACAACUACAAACAUACAUAUGUAUACUGUAGCAGGAUGACCUAUGUGGAAUGAUAAUUUCUGAAAUUAAGGGCUUGCGUGUAUCGAUAAGCAAGUUGUUGAGAAAUGUGUAUUUAUCCCUUCAACGGUGUCAGGAUAUUUCGAUGUCAAGCAAAAUAGCUAGGGAAAACUUAGAAUUCAAACACGACAUCAUGUCCUUUAGGCCUGCAAAUAGCUCGCAUUAUUUGGUGCUUUCGGGCACCGUGAGGUUAAGCCAUCGCCGGUUGGUAGUAACGAAAAUACAACGAAAGUUGUAUGACUAUUGAGCCAUUAACUCAUCUCAUCCAUCAACAUAUCGUCCAAUGGAAAUUUUGGCAGCAACCAGUUUUACUUCGACCGAAUUUCACAUAACCGGUUUACGCGUACAAGCAAAGCUCUCAAUUUCGUAUUUGGUCGCACUGAAAAGUUUCGCCAGUAACUGUCAAAAGCUUGAAACGUUUGCAACUUCCCAACACCACAUUUCACUACCUACGUGAUUGUAUAAUAUACUAUUAUGAGUGUUCUCACCUACUUCGCAUAAUCAGGCACAUAUUUAUUAUCAGAAGAACAAGUUCACCAUACAAUUCCUACGUACAAAUAUAUGUACAUGCGUGCACUUAUCACACGCUUAUCGCUUCUUCGGUCCAAUUGAACUUGACGAAUAUGCCAAGCGAUCGCUGAUUGGAUGCCAUUUAUGUAUGUCGGUUGGUUUGAUUGUAGCGACAGCGCAGUCAACGUCGCGGUCGCAGCUAGUGCUGAUAAGCACCAACAAUUAGUACUUAUGAUAAUAGGUGGCAUAUAGUGUAGCAGCGAAAUCGUGCAAUGCGAUCGUUAAUGAUCGUGUCGUUUUAAUCUGCAUCGACGCACUGCAAAGAGUCUACAAUGUAUAGCACAUUUUAUUGAUAGCGGGAUGUGUCGAAAAAGCUUUAAAUUGUGUCUGAUUUGGAGCGAGUCUAUCAUUACGUUUCGAAUAGCGGCCACACAAGGGUGGUCCUGUGGGAGUAAAAGUCCAUAAGUACAAACUAGUCGAAAAACAGUAAAAGUAUAUCACGAAUAUUAUUAACUUCAAGGACCUUCACAGACGAAUUGUCGCAAACGUUUUUUAAAUAAAAAAAGGAUAUCAGUGAACACCACGGAUAUAUAAAAACUACUAGCGCUUUGCUAGUAAACGCCGUUGUGCCUUUAUACAUAACACUCUGCAACUACUAAUGAGUUCACAAGAACAACACAAUCAAGUCAAGUACAGUGAAGUAAGUCCUUUUCAGAUAAGCGACGGAUUUGCACGUAAUACCAGAAUGGAGCCAGUGAAGACUUUACGGAUAUUCAUCGCCGCUGUUGCUGCAAAUAUAUCUGCCUUUGCGGUGGGCACCUGUCUCGGUUGGACGUCACCAGUGGCACCGAAACUGAGGGCCCUUGAUCCGAUUGACUCACCACUCGAUCGUCCCGUCACCACAGAAGAGGACGCGUGGAUUUCAUCGCUUGCGCCAUUGGGUGCUUUAAUAGCUCCCUUCGUUGCUGGUCCACUCGCCGAUAGAAUUGGUCGCAAAUGGGUAUUGCUUUCAAGUUCGCUCUUCUUCGUGGCGGCCUACGUUCUAAUGAUGGUCGCCAGUGAGGUUUGGAUUUUGUAUCUGGGACGUAUUAUACAGGGUUUCGGCGUGGGUUUUGUCAUGACAGUACAGCCAAUGUACGUUGGUGAGAUUGCAACAGAUGCGGUACGCGGUGCAACUGGAUCUCUAAUGCAGUUGUUCAUUGUCGCUGGCAUUCUAUAUGUUUACGCUAUCGGUCCGUAUGUCUCGUACAUAGCACUGCAGUGGUGCUGUCUUGCUGUACCGAUUGUCUUCGUCGUUAUCUUCUUCUUCAUGCCGGAGAGUCCUUACUAUUUUGCUGGUAAAGGCCAAAAAUCGGACGCACUGAACUCACUCCAAUUCUUACGCGGUCAAAGCCUUGAUGUUGUACAAGAUGAGAUGACCACAAUUCAGGGCGAAGUCGAGGAGGCUAUGGCUAAUAAGGGUACCAUUGUCGAUCUUAUUAGGAAUGUGGGCAAUCGUAAGGCGCUUAUCAUCUCUGCCGGUUUGAUUUCUUUCCAACAACUAUCCGGCAUCAAUGUCGUGCUAUUCAAUAGCCAGUCGAUAUUCGUUAGUGCUAACACCGGUAUAGAUCCAGCCAUUGCCGCCAUCAUUAUCGGUGCAGUUCAAGUUGGCUCCUCUGGUUUAACACCCAUUAUUGCUGAUCGUUUGGGCCGCAAAGUGAUUUUAUUGAUUUCUGCAUUUGGCAUGGCUGUCGGUUUGGCCGCAUUGGGCUCUUUCUUCUAUGUACAGCAAGUUGUGGGUGAUGCCAGCAAUCUCACUUGGUUGCCUGUGCCUGCUUUAGUGAUCUUCAACAUUGUUUACUGCGUUGGUUUCGGUCCACUGCCAUGGGCUGUCUUGGGCGAGAUGUUUCCACCCAAUGUUAAGUCAAUCGCGUCUUCGAUCGUCGCCUCCACAUGCUGGGUCCUCGGUUUUAUAGUAACACGUUGGUAUCCUGCACUCGAUGCAUUGGGCUCAUACUAUGCUUUCUGGUUGUUUGGCAUUUUCUGUGUUGUUGCAUUCUUCUUCACACUUUUCGUUGUAAUGGAAACCAAGGGGCUGAGUCUGCAACAAAUUCAGGACAAAUUGAAUGGAAGAAGAUCCAACUAAAGUGGGAAAUAAGGGUUGUAUGGUGGCGGAGGCAUUCACAUCCGCAUACUGUAAAACAUUUUAUGUGUGAAUCUAUAUGGGCAUAAUUCUAUAUGCUCUUUGUUCCUUAAUAUAAUGGUGAUAACAUCCCGUGAGGCGCCGGUCAGUGCGGUGUUAUGGGUUACUGUAUGAAUUCGCUUCAAAAAGUAUUUUUGUCGCACGCCUAUACUAUGUAAUCUUAAAAGUAUUUAUAGCCUGUAAGCUGUUCUAGAUGAAUUUAUUAAAUAAUUUUAAAUACAUAUACAUAUUUAUGAAAUAAUGCAAUAAAAUCGAUAUUAUGAUGCAAACUCAAAUUAAA